UGAUAAUCCCGAUUAAAAACUCUGCCAUACAAGCCACAAAAGAGCAUCAAUGGCUUCACCCCUCGCGCCCGUUGCGCGCACCACCACCCACUCACUACGUCUGAGCUCGACCUCGAGCUCCCACUUUCAACGCUCGGCAGUCGCCGCCGUUGCAGCCUCCUCCCCCGAGUCUGAACUGGACAUCGGCGGCGGCAGAGAUUUGCCUCUCGAAGCUUCUUUCCCAUCGCUCGAGGUCAUCGGAUCGAAGAGCGCGCUGCUAUCUCGGUUCGCCAGUCUGUCCUACCGGCCAUUCCCGAUCAUCGGAUGGAACCGCCACGUGGAGACAAUCUUCGCCGCCCUUUUUCGCUCUCUUCCCCGCGUUCAGCUUCGCCGGGAGUGCUUGCGAACAAAGGAUGACGGAGCCAUCGCCCUUGAUUGGCUAUACGGCGACGAAAUCGGGCUGCCCGCCGAUUCGCCGGUGCUCGUCCUGCUGCCAGGUCUUACUGGCGGUAGUCAAGACACGUAUGUGAGACAUAUGCUUAUUCGAGCUAGGAAGAAAGGGUGGCGAGUUGUCAUUUUUAAUAGUCGCGGUUGCGCGAAUAGCCCAGUCACAACUCCACAGUUUUAUUCAGCAUCAUUCACGGAAGAUCUUUGUGAAGUGGUUAAACAUGUAUCAACAUGUUAUCCCAAUUGUAAGGUAUAUGCUGUUGGUUGGUCUCUUGGAGCAAACAUUCUCGUGCGGUACUUAGGUCAGGAAUCAUAUGGUUGUCCACUUUCUGGAGCUGUUUCUCUGUGUAAUCCUUUCAAUUUGCCAAUUGCGGAUGAGGACUUCCGUAAGGGCUUCAACAAGAUUUACGACAAAGCUCUUGCUAGAUCUUUACGAAAAAUCUUCAAAAAGCAUGAGCUUCUAUUUGUGGGACUCAAUGAUGAAUAUAAUAUUCCAAUGGCAGCUAAUGCCAGGACCGUUAGGGAAUUUGAUGAAGGUUUGACACGAGUUUCAUUUGGCUUCAAGUCGGUGGAUGAUUAUUAUUUCAACUCCAGUAGUUCUAAUUCCAUUGUGCAUGUUCGCACGCCAUUGUUAUGCAUACAGGCUGCUAAUGAUCCGAUUGCUCCUUCAAGGUGUAUUCCUCGCGAAGAAAUUAAGCAAAACUCUAAUUGCAUGCUAAUCGUCACACCGAAAGGCGGUCAUCUUGGAUGGGUUGCUGGGGAAGAAGCACCCUUUGGAGCUCCAUGGACUGAUUCUGUUGUCAUGGAAUUCUUAGAGCAUCUUCACAAUGAGGGAUCUGCAAUCGGCUCAGCUUCUUGUGAAAUAGAUGGUGUUGGAGCUCAACAACCUUUAUCUUCUAUUUCAGUCCAAGGAUAAUUUCAAAUUUUGAUUUCUCACCAAUUUCUAAUAU